UCUACGUUCUUGGCUCGUCAUCUCCAUAGAGAUGCAGCACGCAGUGAGUAAGCAGAUCUAGAUGUAAUGGUGGCAGUUAAGAGGCGGUCCAAGAUGUCAUUUCCAUGGUUACGUAUUUUCCCAACUCUCAUCUGAAAAGUAGGACGCAGGCAGUAGUUGGAGCCGUUUGUUUUCUGUCUCAACGCAAGAUUAUCGUGGCAACAGAAGCAGACAAAAUGGACAGUGGUGCACAAGUGGAAAAAAAUGGUAUCAAAGCUGUGGAUGACAGCAGUGUGCGUCCCAGUUCACAGAUUCCUGGACUGGGGAAUUGUCCUGAUGCAGGGGAUGAGAAAAGGACACAUGGACGUCGAACAGGAGUGGUUGAGACUGAUUCAGAUUACGUGAAACUGGCAAAACAAGGAGGGCAACAAGGUUUACUGCGGCACGAGGCAAAUUUACAAUCAAAACCAAAUUUGGAUUACACAGCUCCCAACUGGUUUUCAUUUGAGCCUAAUUCUCCAGAACAUCAAAGUACUCAAAAAAGAACAAUUCCUGAUUUUAUGACUUCUGAAGAAUUCCAGAGAAGUCCAACCAAAGGAUCCUUCCAACCCCUGAAUGCUCCCUUUGGGACUGAUAAUAAAACCAAAUGGGAGCGGGAAGGUGACAACUUUACACCUGGUAAAGAUAAGAACACCACAAUGGUCCAGCCUGUAAGCCAGAUGGAGAACCUGUCCUUAACUUCUGAAAACCAUCACCAAGCAAGCAAGUUUAAGAAAACGUCUUCACAAAAAAGUGAUAAACCUGUUAGCAUGCAGAAGUUGCUGAGUUUUGGCUAUGCAGAUGAUUGGCAUGUAGAGCAUGAUAAGACAAUCCCCAAAGAAACUCCAAAUACUUUAUUGUCAAUUAAAGACAGUACACUUACUGGUAGUAAACUGGAAAUGAACCAUGCAAACAAGGUGUCAUUGCAUAGAGGAAGCACCAGACAAACAGGGCUUAGAGGACUCAUGUCAAAUAAAGUGGCUGUAGAAAACAGUGAUACACACUUCAACAUCUUUGGAUAUCACAGGUAUAGAGGUAGAGUAACAGAGCUAGAACAAUACAUCUUACCAGAAACUGCUUUAGUCUGACAUGGAGACUGAUUGCAGACUGCUUUGCCUUUCCUCAGCAAUAACUUAAUGAUCUUUUUAUUUUAGAUUUGAAUUUAUUACAUUUUUAUUAUUUUUGUUGCUUCAUUUUAUUUGCCUAUCUGUUUGUAACAGUUUUAUAUUAUUCCAUAGUUACACUGGCCAUGCUCUAUUGUAGUUUUUAACACACUGAUAUUUUGAUGGUAGGCUUUCUGCCUAAAUUAUUUUCCUCAGAAUAUGGGACACAAGCUGUGCAAAGCAUGUACAAAGUUUAUGGCGAUACACCCUACCAAGGGGACUGGCCUUAUUUGUUAAUGAAUUAAUCACAGUGUGUUAGGAAUACAAUUGCAUCUUUUUCAUUUUAAUUUAAAGAUGAAGUCCCUCAUACAUGACAUAAAAAAAACAUGUCUUUGUGUUCCUGUUGAAAUAUCACAUGCUAACUGCCCAUGUGUAAUUCCUAUUGUAUUGUUUACACAAGAGCAGUUAACAGGAACUGAUGGCUAUCAGCCACCACUUUGAUAUUUGCUUAUAACUCAUUAAAACUAAAUACUUAACAACUAUAAGAGAUGUAAAGAAUAAGAAGAGGACAAAUUUAAAAGCAAUUACCUAUGGGUAUGUAUUCAUUCCAUAACCAUCUGUAAGGAAUUGCCUAAAAACAAGGUGUCAGCACUCUGUAUAAUUAGAAUAAUAAAAUAAUAAAUAAGACCAUGAUUAAAUCUGACCCGGAGGCAUUGAUUAGAUCUGGUAUUUCUAAUCAGUAAUGUAUUAUGUUGUGUUAGUUGACCUAACAUUGAUUUUAACAUACAAUAAAUACAUUAUAAAGAAGCAAGUCUGCACACUAGACAGUUAAUUCAUUAAAUAAUUCCGUGGCCCUUUUCUGGAUGUCCACUUUACUAAUUCCUCCUGGAACAUACAUUUUGGCUAAAAUUGUCAAGGGAACUAGGAUAGUAAUGUGAGUUUAUUUUAAUAAAUGUCUGAAAAUAUGGCUUUCACAAGAGCUUAUGUAUUUUAAUAGCAUGUCAGUCUCAUCAUCACUGUAAGUAAAAAGUAAAUUGCAAUUUUAAGUAGAAUAUCUUAGCUCUCAAAUACUUUCUACAGGGAUUCAAACAAUAUGUAUUCUUGACAUAAAGCCACUAUCUUUCUCAAGAAUGGAGUUUCUUGUUAGUUUUGUUUGUUCUCCCCCCAGAAUAGUACAUCUUUAUAGAUGUAUCCAUUUAAGCCCCUUUUCAGACUAGUCAUGAUCUGAUUAAAAUAAACAAACAUAUUUUCAUGUAAGUUUGAUAUGGAAAACUGAACCUCUUUAUACUGUAUUAAUCUCCAUAUACACUCCCAACUACAAAUGUCCAAUAUUACCAUGUUUUUGUUUUACUUCAUAAUUUCCAGAUUUAGUUUAGGAUUAAGAAAUGGUUGAAUUUUCUACCAGAAAUAAUCAGCUUGAAAGGGCAUGUUAUCUUGUUGAAGAAUGCAUUUGAAUUGUUGUAAAGGGCUUACACAUACUGUUGGACCUGGGUUAUGCAGUGGGAAUGUCUUUCACCUUUGGUAUUCAGUUCCCAAAUGGGCAGCGGGAUGUGAGUGGGCAUCAAGAAAACCAGUGUUAUACCUGGCUCAACAACUGUAUCUGGUCCCAGCAUUAUGUCGGCUUAUGCUGCAUUACUUUUUACAUUAUUCUGUUGGUUACAAUUUUUGUAAAGAGUGCAUGAAAAAUACAUGUUUAAUUUUGUUCUGUUCUAUAUCUGCCCUAGCAAUCCAUGUAAAUAUUUUUGUAAUUUUACACAAAUGUUAAGAUCAUUCAUAUUACUGGGGAAAAAAAAGAAAGGAAUUGCUUGGAACAAUUAAUCUCCAGGUUGAAAUGUUCAUUUAGUUAAAAACAUGUUUUGCUGUUAUAUGGAUGUUAUCUAUUUAACUAUAUCUUCCACAAAUUUUAUUUUAUCCUGCUACCAAGUUUGCAUUUACUGUUUGUAGCAAUUUAUUGAACAAAAUGUGACAAUAAAGCAAGCAUGCUCAAAAAAUAAAAUAUCUAUUUUAUCUAGUGUCCAUAGUUACCCAAUUUUGUCAGAUUAAGUUUACAUUUAAGCAAUAUGCAAUGUAUAAUGUUGUAAAUUUGUUUUGAAUCAAACAGCCUGUGUAGGAAGUUGGACUGAAUUAUUAAAUGCCUUUAUGUAUAAUAAUAAAAAUAAUAAUAAUAACAGUAAUAAUAAUAAUAAUAAUAAUUUCUUUAGGAAAAUCAAAUUGAAUUACAAGGUUUAUUUAAUAACAAUCAUUCCAUCAUGGCAUGAUUAUAUUGACAAUAGACAAAAAAUAAUAGUUUGACUAGUUUAAACGAUACCAGCGUUAGACUAGAUCUAUCUGGAUACCAGGAUCAUUCUUCCACUGUGAUAAAUCUAUCACUGUUAUCCUAUUGCCAUGUUAUCUAACAGGUUUCCUCUAGGUUAGUGGUUUGGUUUGGCUAUGUCCCAAAGUAUAUAACUGUGUUCUGUUCUACAGUACAUGAACUUUUGACUCUUCCUUCCAUAUUUCUGCAUAAAAUAUUUUGAAACCUACAGCUGGAAAAGAAAACUUAUACAAAAUUGUUACUUAAGUUAUUGGAUACAGCUGGAUCUGUACAGGUUUGACAUUUUUGGAAUGUCUCUGUACUUCAAUGCUGUUUUGAAUGAGCUCUUGCUCCCUAAACAGUUAUAAAAUUGCAGAUACGUAAAUAUCGUACUGCAUACGAUACAGCAGAUCAGUGUUAUUUUUGUUGUUACAUCCUUUAUUACAUAACCUGUUUGUUUUACCAAAGGGCUCUAGUUUUCUAAGCACAGGUUCAAUUAAAUAGAGUGGUGAAACAUCUCAAAACGUUUGGCUGCUGGCUCGUUGAGGAAAACAAUACAUAUAUUUUAAAUAUAGUGGCCAAAAUACCAAAAUAAUAACCCUGACCUUGUUAGCACUAGCAGGUCGUAUUUUAAAACUGAAAUUACAUUAGUCACGUGACAACAUAGUUUCCAGACAACUGCUCACUUACACUAAACAUUGACUGUUUUGGAUCAACGACCUUGUGGGAAGGCGAGAGGAGUGUAUUCACCUCAUUGUAUAACCAAUAGUUUCACAGAUAGGCAGGAGCAGUUCGAAAGUAUAAAGCGAACCGACCGAUCUAACUGAUGUUACAUUUCAUUCCUUGCAAUCGAAGAGCGAAACAAACGUGUCAGGUAAACAGACCUAAUCAGUUUACUUCAUAGUACGAAGACAUCUCA